AUGACGAGUCUUGGUUCAACAAUUUUCGUCGUCCAAACGGCCUAUGGCGCCAUUUCAGUGGUACUGUACAUGUACGUUGUCAUACUGCUGCUCAAAAACUGGUCUUUCUUCCGAGGCUCAUUUUUCAGGCUAUUCAUCGCCUCAUUUUUCAUUAAUAUUUGGACAUAUCUGAAUUCAUUUGUCACAUUACGGCUACCUCAGAACACCUGUGAAAACUGUACGUUAUCAGGCGUAUUCCAAGACUUCACUGUUGGACUCAAUAUCUUUCACACCCUUCACUUUCAUUUCGCCUUCCUACAGUACCUGAUGUCCCUCGUCAUGAGUUUCAACCGAAUGACAAUGAUACUCUUUCCUUUCUUUUUUGAACAGGUACGUCACUUGCAAGAGGAGUUUUUCGGAAGGGAUUGUCAGUGA